AAUAAUUGAGUUGGGAGUCAGUCCCGGACUUUCAGAAGCUCGAAGCGCACAACACCCCAGCGCUUUGUCGGAACUGGAUAAAGGCAGAGCACGGAGGUCAGGAACCCGGGCGCCGGACUGAGAGCUGCUCUGUGGUGGGCAGGUGGGAAGUGCGAAGGCGGGAGAAACUGCGGAGCGGGUGAACGCCGGGCUCCGGGAAGAACAGCGCGCUGCAGGCCGAGCGCCCGAGUGCUCCGGGGCGGGAAGGGAGAGGCCCCCGCGCACCGCGGGCUGGGAGGCGCUGCACCGACAGCAUGCGCCUGUCCGGAAACGCGGACGCGGGUCCACAGGGCAACUCCAGCGCUUGGUGGACUCCGACUUCAGAUGGCGCCAACAACACCCGCGAGGUAGAUGUGCCGGGAGAAGGCGACGGCCCACCGGGGGACUUGCGCGAUGAGGAGCUGGCCAAAGUGGAGAUCGCUGUGCUGGCUGUGACUUUCGUGGUGGCGGUGCUGGGCAAUAGCAGUGUGCUGCUGGCUCUGCACCGCACGCCGCGCAAGACGUCCCGCAUGCACCUUUUCAUCCGGCACCUCAGCCUGGCCGAUUUGGCUGUCGCCUUCUUCCAGGUGUUACCGCAGCUGUGCUGGGACAUCACCUACCGCUUCCGCGGACCCGACUGGCUGUGCCGCGUGGUGAAGCACCUGCAGGUGUUCGCCAUGUUCGCGUCGGCCUACAUGCUGGUAGUCAUGACCGCCGACCGCUACAUCGCCGUCUGCCACCCGCUCAAGACUUUGCAGCAGCCCGCGCGCCGCUCGCGCCUCAUGAUCGCCGCCUCUUGGGUGCUGAGUUUCGUGCUGAGCACACCGCAGUACUUCAUUUUUUCCAUGAUCGAGGUAGACAAUGUCACCAAGGCCCAAGACUGCUGGGCCACCUUCAUCCAGCCCUGGGGUACCCGCGCCUACGUUACCUGGAUGACGAGCUGCGUUUUCGUUGCACCCGUGGUCAUCUUGGGUACCUGCUACGGCUUCAUCUGCUACCACAUCUGGCGCAACGUCCGCGGAAAGACAGCGUCGCGCUUGGGCAAAUGUGCAGGGCGCUCUGGGGGUGCCUUCCAUAAGGGUCUCUUGGGCUCACCCUGUGUCAGCAGCGUGAAGACGAUUUCCCGCGCCAAGAUUCGCACUGUCAAAAUGACUUUUGUGAUUGUGACGGUCUAUAUCCUCUGUUGGGCGCCUUUCAUCAUCGUCCAGAUGUGGUCGGUCUGGGAUGAGAAGUUCCUCUGGACCGAUUCAGAAAACCCUUCUACAACCAUCACUGCAUUACUGGCUUCCUUGAACAGUUGCUGCAAUCCCUGGAUAUAUAUGUUUUUUAGUGGCCAUCUCCUGCAAGACUGUGUCCAAAGCUUCCCAUGCUGCCAAAACUUGAAGCAAACAUUCAACAAAGAAGAUACUGACAGUGUGAGCAGAAGACAGACUUCUUACUCGAACAAUCGAUGCCCAACAAACAGCACAGGUACAUGGAAGGACUCACCUAAAUCUUCCAAGUCCACCAAAUUCAUUCCUGUUUCUACCUGACCCCAGGUUCAUGCAGCCUGACUCUUUUGACUGCCUUUUUUAUCUAUUAGCUGAAUCCAACUAGAAGUCCUGAGAACAAUCGAACUCACGUGAGAGAAAUAUAAUUCAGUUCAUUUUGUACAAGACUUUGUUUCUAGUUGCAUUAUCCACAUUGCUAUGGCCAAGCAGUGUGAAUUGUUUUAUAUAGAAUGUUCAUGAAAACAGAGUACACUAAACUGUGUAAACCUGGUUCCAAGAAAUAGAAUGGGAGUUAUGUUUCUAAAGGAAAAAUCGUAACCAACAUGAGUUUAUAUUUUGUUGGUUUAUUUUUGUUUCUGACAUAAAUCAAUCUUGACUGGUUUCCUGAACAAACUGAGCUCAUCAUUUAGAGGAGAAUUCAGAGUAAUUGUGUUUCCAUCCAUUAAAAUCAAUGCAGGUAUCAUAAAGUGAACCCCCAUGUAAUAACUUAGAGAAUGGCACUUUGAAGAGGUACGAGCUGGGGCAUCCUGAGCAGCAGGUGGCUAGCUCAGAGUGAGAAAGAUUGAGUUUGGUUAGAAGCGAAAAGUCACCCUGAAAUUCAAAAUGAUACCUAGCAGUGCCCUCUUUUAGGUUCCUCACUAUAUAUGGGCUCUGAAGUAUUGUAGACAGGCCAAUAAUAUGUUUUUCCUCACACUACAAAAUUGUUUUUAAACCAGAUUUGUUUGAGGAAUGCCACAUUUUAUAGAAAAGUAGAAAAAGAUUACCUAAGGUAGUCUGAAGACUUAUGUUGGACAUUGUAAAUGUGUUAUUUUCCCACAUUAUAAGAUGUCCUAUGUAGCGCUGGAUAUUAAACAUGAUCAUUUCCUUCAUGUUUUGUGAAUCCAGUUUUAUAGAUGAGAAUCUUCUUGAUAAUGACUCAGAAUAUAAAAUGCCCCCUUCUAUGUUUAAUUGGGAGAUCCUUCCAAUCUCCCAUCCACCUAACAGUUUCAGAACAGAGAAGAAAAGCAGUAGGGGUCAAGGGCAGAAAGGUAAAUGGAGAGAGAAAUGCUCUGCACCUAGUCUGAGUUUCAUCAUUACUAAAUGCAUGCCUUUGGACAAGCUACUUUAAAACACAUAAGGCCUGUUUCCUUGACUGUAUAAUGGAGUUGGUAACACUUACCUCACAGGGUUGUCAUAAGGACUACGUGAAACUAAUGUGUGAAAAGAGUUUCAUAAACUGUAAAAAUGGUGUAUAUAUGUAUGCUAACAGUUGCUUUUAUUAUAUUCUUGGGAUCUCCAGAAUUGCACAGAUGUUUUUCUCACUUAUGUUUUGUUAAGCAAAAGUGGUUGAUUUCAUGUUUGUGAUGUAAAAUCCCGAAAUUUAAAUAUAGAUCUGCUCAGUCAUUGGAAAACAUUGUCAGUAGCCACUCAGCCUGACUUGCCCUGCUCAACUAAAGUUUUCCAGUAUAUGGAAUUUGCUAUUUUUUUAAUGCAGGUAAACCAAAGCCAUCCAAGAAUAUCAGUUGCUUUUAUUUCUAAACAGCAAUAAGUUACAACCCUCCUAGCAGUUGAUUUAUUUUUUGUUAUUGUUGUUAAUGGAACUUACUGAUUUUUUGACUAGCUAUUUUGUCUGGCUCCUUCUUAGAAACCAUACAGAAAUUUGAGAAUAAAUAUUUUGAGUCUCUUAGAGGAAAGAAUAGUUACUUUUAGUAGUAGUACAUGGCUUCCUUUUUUAACUUAGUAGAUAAGAAUCUGUGAAUUGCGUAGCACUGCAAUAAUCUGAAGCCAUCAACUUCACUCCUCUUCAUUCUUCUGUCUUUCCAAUUUCUCAGCCCUUAUACUCUAAAAAUAUGAAUAUAAAAUACACUAUAAAAUAUGAGAAAAUGAAAAAAUGGAAA